GUUUUAUAGGUUAAUGAUAAAAAAAAAAAAAAAAAAAACCUGUCUCAAAGGUUCAAAAUCGGUUUGCAAAGAAUCCAAGUUUGUUUCAACUUUCAAGUUUGGAAUUUUGAAAAAACUCAAACCAUGACUUUAACUCUCUUUACAACUUCCUUGAUUCCAACUGCGAACACAAAGCUACGCGUGCAUGUUUGCGUAUCCCUUAGUUAGGAAGUACCAUGUCCGUGCAACAAUUUAGCUGAGAUGCAUUAUGCAUAUCAGAAAUUUUACUAAAACUAUCUAACAUGUACAUCUUUUUUAGCUUCAUUAAUAUUCAGUAGUUUUAUGUUUCAGUUAUGGCUUCGAAUAAGCAAGAAGAAAAAACAAUUCCUUUGAGAUAUUGGGUGGACGAAAGACAAAACACUGUUGUUAUAGCGGAAGCAAAGGGAGACUUUGUGGAUGCUCUCUUUAGUUUACUGACCCUUCCAUUGGGAACCAUCAUCCGGCUUGGGAACAAAUUUGAACAACCUGUAGAGAUUGGUUGCAUCAACAAUCUGUACCAGAGUGUGCAAGAUUUAUUAAGCCUUAAUGAUUUCUGGAACAAGAUGUGCAAGGAAAUGUUGCUUUCUCCACGCAACCCUUUAGAAGCCUCUUGCCAGAGACUAAAAGUGAAUGUGGAUGACACACAACCCACAAAGUAUUUCAUGUGUCACAGCUGUUCAAAGAGCAGUAACUUGUGGGUGAGUACCUUUGAUGGGGCAAGGUGCUACUGUGGGAAAUUGAUGAGAAAAGAAAUGGAGCUGCUUGUAGAAGAACCCAAGGAAGACGCUGAUGGGGGGAACAGUGUUUUUGUUAAAGGGGAUGCUAUGUUCUUGAUCCAUGAUGACUUGAGAGUGCUACGAAGUUCUCCUAGUGACUCCGUUCCACCAUUCGUCAAACAUCGACACAAAGACUUGAGCAAGAUGACAGAAAAGUCUCAAAACGUUGGCAUGAAGGAGAUAUUUAGCAUACUAAAGCAAGCGCUAACAUCUGAAACUCCUCUAAGUGAUGUGUUCGUGCCUAAUAGAGAAUCUAAGUCAUCGUACUCUUUCUCACCGGAUAGUGGCCCAAUUCAUUGGGAAGGUUCUGUAGAAAUCAAGGUAAUAGUGAGCAAAUCAGAGAAUAAGGUUAAGUUUGUUGAAGCAGAUGGAAAUUUUGUGGAUUUUCUAGUCAGCUUCCUCACAACACCUCUUGGGUCUAUUCUGAACCUUAUGAAUGGCAAAUUGUCCUUGGGGAGCAUAGACAACUUGUACACAAGUGUGAAGAAGCUGAAUCCAUCAUGGUUCAAAGGAUCAUCAAACAAAUCCUUACUGAAUCCAAGGGUAGCUCCUCAAUUUGGUUGUAAGAGCAAUCCACUAAAUGCUUUACAAGAAGAGGACACUCCUAAGUAUUGGUAUGGCACAGUGGAAGAUAAUAAGGGGAGUAUCAGGAGUGAAAGGAAAAUGAUUUCAAAGGUAAAAAAUCUGUUACGAGAUCCAGCAGAUACAAAACUUUUUGAGCCAAGAUGUUUUGAUGGAGCAAGAGAACCUGCUGUGGGAUUUAUGAAGAGGCCGUGUCUAUUUAUUGUGAAGGAUGAUCUGCAAGUCAUACCAAUCACAACUACUUCCAGCAUUACGCAUCUGCAACAGUUGGAGAAUGUCCAGUUGGAUGAUUUGGAGGAACAUUGGGUGGAAAUCAGGAAGGCACAUGAGGCACUGAACCUGUUGAGAGCUUCUUUGACAUCCAAAGCUACUUUUACACAGUGCCUAUCGUACAAACUGAAGAAGUGGAAUUGCCAAAGGUGUAUUCCAUUUUGGGGAUGGAAGGAUAAGGGAUAUGAAAAGAAAAAAAGAAAGAAGAAAGAAAAAGGUCAGGGAGGUAAUUAGUAUUCGAUGAGAUGAGAGAAAAAGAAGACGAGGGUGAUUUCACAGUUCAAUUUUUGCUUUAAUUAGCACCCGUCCUGAAAAACAUCUAAGUCCAUGUAACUGAAGAAUAUCUAUAAUGUGUCCUUCUAGACUUUAAAUUCUUCUCAGCAUAAAGAUACAGUUAACUUGUGUACAAAUUCAUUGCAGUAACAAGUAACAGAAACUACAUAG